AUGUUUUCAACACUAUCCCGAGUGGCCCCGGCCCCGUCGAGGAGCAUCCUCCAGCAUGCAUCGCCGCAGAUUCCCAAGGUUGCCACAUUGACGGGAGCUUCGCGAGCGCUUUCUUCCACUCCUCCUAGUCAGAAAGAGGUCACAUUGCUCCAAGACAAGAAGAAUGGAUUCGGAUUCGCGCGGUCGAAUCCUCGACCUCCGAAGCCACGAACGAAGGGGGUCACCGAAAUCAGAGGCCCAUACUAUACUGUAUGCGAUGUCACCCCAUGCAGCCUGACGAGAGUGCUCGCUCUAAAGCAGGGAACUGAUCCGUAUUCGAUGGGGACACAUGUCGACGGCUUGAAGUUUGCAGGAGGAUCGUUCUCUCUCUUCCCGGAGAAACCCUUACGGGAACUGACUGACCUUGCUCAUGACUACGGUGUCUAUGUCUCGACUGGUGGAUGGGCUGAACAUCUACUCACUCACCCGGACGCAAAUGCCGUCUUUGACAAAUAUCUCCGCAAGUGCAAGGACUUGGGAUUCGAUGUGAUUGAGCUUUCGUCCGGCUUCCUGUCCUUCCCCGAAGACGACUGGCUCCGACUCGUCGAUAAGGUUCACUCGUACAAGCUAAAGGCGAAGCCCGAAUUAGGGAUCCAGUUCGGCGCUGGUGGUGACACUCCGGCGUCUGGCUUGGAGGCGAUUGGCACUUCAGACCCAGCCAAGCUGGUGAACAUGGGGCGCAAGUUCCUUGACGCGGGUGUCGAGCGCCUGAUGAUCGAAUCAGAAGGGAUCACCGAGAAUGUGCAGUCAUGGCGGACUGAUGUGGUGUCCAAGAUCAUGAAGGAACUUCCCCCAGAGCGCGUCAUGUUCGAGGCAGCAGAUCCCAAGGUGUACAACUGGUACAUCCGGGAGUUCGGUAUUGAUGUAAAUCUAUUUGUCGACCAUAGCCAGAUUGUGCAGCUGUCAUGCUUGCGCCAUGGAAUCUGGGGCACGGCCGAUACCUGGGGCAAGAUUGUAUCGUUCCGGCCAGAGUAA